AUGGUUUCCUCUCCAUUGAGAUCAAAAUCAGCCUGCCAUGCUCGUUCUGUCAGCUUGCCCUCUAGGCCUCACCCGCUCAUUCCUCAAGUCAAUGAUCAUUUGUCAUCAGUAGGUGACGGGCUAAGCAGUCUUGAAGAUAUGUAUGAUUGUUUGGAUGAUUUGCUUCUAUUGUCACACACUCAACAAGUCAUUGCCCAACAACGCCAUGAGAAAUGGGUUGAAGAGGUGCUAGAUGGGUACCUGAGGCUCUUGGAUGUGUGCACCGCUACUAAAGAUGUGUCCUCACAAACAAAGCAAGAUGUACAAGGGCUUCUUUCAGUCUUGCGCCGAAGAAGGCAAACAAAUGACUUUUCCGGGUACUUAGCCUCUAGAAAGAAGGCAAAGAAGGCGAUCCAAAAGUCUUUGAAGGAUUUGAAGGGUAUCAAAAGCAAGGGUUUGGCCUCUGACAAAGACUGCAAAACUUUGGAGAUUGUUGGCUUGUUGAAUGAGGUCGAAGCAGCCACCAUUGGUGUGUUUGAGUCUUUGUUGUCUUAUGUUGCAGGGACAAAGGUGCAGUCAAGGCUGGGUGGCUUUUCUUUGAUUUCUAAAUUGAUGCACCACAAGAGUGUAGCAUCCCAAGAUGAAGAGAGUACAAAUGAUUUUGAGAAAUUUGAUGGUGCAUUGCAAUCACUCAACGGUAGCAGGACAAGCAAAACUGAUAGUGCAACACAUGUUGAGAAUUUCCAAAAUCAAUUGGGGAAGAUGGAGAUGAGCAUUCAAGAGCUCGAAGAAGGACUAGAGUGCUUGUUCCGGCGUUUAAUCAAAACUAGAGUUUCCCUCCUCAAUAUUCUCAACCACUAG